CUGGCCCUGCUUCCUCCGCCACAGCGUCAGGAGUCUACCAGGGGGCCAGAACUUCACUUAUUUCCACAUUGGUUACCCUUAUUUCCUAUUUGCCCUUACUCCCUCUUUGCUCGGGGGUCUACCAGGGAGCCAGAAGUCCACUUUUUUCCACUUAUUUCCACAUUACUUGGCCUUAUUUCCACUGUUACAGCCUCAGGAGUCUACCAGGGGGCCAGAACUCCACUUAUUUCCACAUUGGUUGCCCUUAUUUCCCAUUUGUUCGGGUGUCUACCAAGCGGUCAAAAACUUGCUUGCUUACUUGAUGUUGUUGCAGGCUGCUUAGGAAGACGUCCAGGUGUUUUUUGUAUGUCUCCACGGGGCAGUUUGUGAGGUUCUGGUGUACCAGUCUGUAUUUCCCCCCGUCUGAGAUUCCCCCAAGGGAAAUUUUGGCGUGGGAUAUAUCUCCCCCAGGGGGAAUUUUGACCCAGGAUAAUAUUCCCCCUUCCUGGCCAAUAAUCACACCCCCCCCCUCACACACACACACACACAUAACUGUCAAUCUUUUAACAAUACUGAUGUAAUAUAUACAAGAAGUGAAUGUUCACAAUUAUGGCCGUGACGAGUCAACACACCUCAUUACAAAACAUUAACUCCAACAUAGCGAGGCAAACUGGCGGUGGCCGAGUGGUUAGCGUGCCGGUCCAGCAUUCGCUGUGUUGUGGAUAACAUGGGUUCGAAUCUGCCACUAACCACCUGGGAUUUUUCAGUCACCGCCGAGUGGCCUGAGACUACCCACAUGCUGUCCUGAAGACCACCCAUCAGCCCGGGCUCAAAAAGAAGCUGUGCAAGUGAAAUCAAAAGCUGAAUGGUAGAGACCAAAGAAGAGCUCCCAGCAGUCUGCCAGACACCUUUGAGGGACAUCAAGAACAGGCUGCCUCACUGCCCUCUGAAAACUCACUGCAGGCCAUACUGAAGACUGUGCUAAGAGCUGAAUGCUAAGCCUUCACAGCCAGACCAUGCUGAAGACAUUGCUGAGUGCUCUAAUAUAAGCACAGACGGCAAACGUCCCUUCAGUGGGUGGGGCGGCAGCAGCACUCCCCAUCGCCAUGAAUCAGCAGGUCUUUCAGGACUCCGUAGACCCCCGCUGCUUCAUGCUGGUGGACGGGCAGGCGGUCAGCGUGGUACCGGGGAACAGCGAGGUGCCGCAACUCCUCUCGGAACAGGAUGCCAGGUUGGGGCGAACGAGGGAAGGGAAGAGUGACAUAAGGAUGGUGCAGGUGGGGGGUGAGAGGGACAAAAGUGGUAUAAAGGAGGAUCCCUUUGAGGAGGUGUUGGGGAUGAAGGACGAGAAGAUGGAGGUGAGAGGGAUGGUGCAGGUGGUGCAUGUGGAGGGUGGUAAGACACUGGAGGUAAUGCACUUAGACACUGGGAAGCAGCUGCAGGUGAUCCACAUCGAGGGAGGCGGGAAACUGGAUGAGGGUAGGGCGAGGGUAGGCCAGGUGGGGGGUGGGAUGCAGCGAGUGAGGCGUGUUGUCAGCUACCCCCAUCGCAGGCAUCACACUGCCCCAGGCCUGCGUUCCCUGGGCCAGCAGGUGACGCAGCCAGUCGUUCUGUCUGCUGGGCAGGGUGGUCUUGUGCCUGGCCACUCGUACCGCCGCCUUCCCUCUGGCAACAUCACAUCACACGAGAUGGACUCCAACACCAUCAUAUCUGGCGACAAGGAGGGUCUUGGAGGCACAGAGGUGGCCCUAGACGAGGCCAUCGUCAUCUCCUGGCCCCCCAUCACCCAGAAGCUUAAUAACUCAGUAGGCACCCAGACGGAGCCCUGCAAGGACCUGGGACUCAGCCUCAACCUCUUCUCCUGCACCUUUCAUGUUGACGGCUGCGUGGAGACCUACUGUGACCUCCCCUUGCAGGACAGCACGAGUUUGUCCACUGGCAGCAGGGCACGCUGCAGGGACAAGAGGAAACUGUGGGGCCAGCACCCUAGAGGGGAGGAGGAGGAAAAGGCUCUUCUCUCUGUGGAGGAAAUACCAGAGGAAGAUGAAGAGCUGAGGCAGAAAGAAACAAACCGGCGAUUCUCUCGUAGCGGCCGUGUCCUCAAGGGCAAAGGGCUACUGUUCAAGGCUGACUUAGGGGCCUCUGAGGAGGACCUUGAGGGAGACCCAGAUUUUGAAGUGCCUGAGGAGGAGAAAGCAGAGGAUGCUGCCCCCCAGAGCAUCCCCCUCCGGAGGAAAAGGGGAAGGAAGCGUAAGAGGCGGCCUCCACCUCCAUCCCCUGACGGCUUUGAGCAGGACCUGCAGCUGGCCGACAGUGAGCAUGAGGAGGGGGAGGUGAAAGAGGAUGAGGAGAAGAUUGAUGUGAAGGAUGAGCAGGUGGAUGGGAAACCUAAAAGUGAGAGUGAGGUGGCUCAGGAGGUUGUGCGCAAGAAGGGCUACAGUCUGCGCACCAAGCGGCGGCCCAAAAAGCUGACAGACAUGCACUACCUCAAGGAGCAGCUGGUGCGGCGAGAUCAGCCAGACAGCGACCGCCUCCUCACGUGCCGGGUGUGCAACCACCCCUUCCCCACCUUCCCCAAGCUGCAGCGCCACGCCAAGCAGGAACACGGCCUCACUAACUUCUCCUUCCCGUGCGACGUGUGUGGCAUUGCCUUCACGCGGCCCAACAACCUGGAGCGCCACAAGGACACCAAGCACGGCACUGGACAGAAGCGCUACGCCUGCGAGCUCUGCAACCGCCGCUUCGCCCGGCAGGACGUCCUGUCGGUUCAUGUGUCCAUGGUCCAUCUGCGGCGGACCGGCGGGCUGAAGGGGCCGCUUGGCAACGCUGCCGGCCACCACUGCACUGGCUGUGACAACUACUUCUCCCAUGAGCGGCGGCUAAACGAGCACCGUCGAGGCGACUUUACCUGCAAGGAGUGCAACAUUUCCUUCGAGUGUCGCACCGCCCUGCGCCUCCACCUCUACAGGAGCCACCCCACUGCCUGCACUGACUGUGGCAAGGUCUGUAACAACAAGCAGCAGAUGUACUUCCACCGGAUGAGUCACACUCCCAAGCUAUUUUGCAAGUUCUGUGAGAAGGGGUUUAUGUGGCGGUCACAGUACGUGGUGCACAUGGCCACACACACGGGGGACCGCCCGGUGCCUUGCGAUGUAUGCGGCAGGACUUUCGCACACAAGGUGGCCGUCACCAAACACAAAUGGCAGGAGCACAAUGAGAACAACAGGAAAUUCAAGUGCGAGCAGUGCGGCAAGUCCUUUGUGUACCGCGGCAAGCUGGCCUCCCACAUGCGCAGCCACACUGGUGAGAAGCCGUACACCUGCCACGCCUGCCCCUCAACCUUCACCCAGCGCUCCAACCUCACCGCGCACGUCAAGAGUGUUCACGGCGUGGUGAUCAAGUCGGUCAAGAGUGAUGGCACAAUGCACACUGAGGUCGUCAAGUACAAACGCCCUAAGAAGGCCCCUGCCCCCUCCUCUGCACCCCCCAGUACAGAGGUGGGGAGCGCAGGGGUUUCCCAGGAGGUGGAGCUGUCCCCUGCUGCCCCCCAGCCACCUCACAUAGACAUUCAGGACCAAGUGCAAGUGUCUGAGUCAUCGCUAGAGACUGAAGCAGCUGUGUAUCAGAUUGUGUAUGCCUACCCCCAGUGAGCACCCCUACAUCCCUUUACCUCCUCCAUGCCCCACUCUUAGGCCCAUGAGUAGUACCCUCCAUCUCACCACCACCCUCCUCUCAGGCCCCCUGGUUUAGGGUAUGUAUGUAGGGUCAGUUUUACACCCUUCCAGUUAGUACUCACAGCAGGGAAAAAAUGACUGGAAAGUUGAAAGUUAGGGUUGAUUGAGGAUCUGGGCAGCAUGUGGGUAAUCUUCUGCCACUUGGCAAUGAUUAGAAAGAUCAGUGUGUUUUGGUGAAACUCAAACCUAGGUCCAUGGGUUAACCACGCCCACAUGCUGACCACUCGGCCACCGCCUCACCUGCACCAUAAUGGGCUGUGGCUGACCACCAGGCCUCACCAAGAAAGCCUACUGGUGCCAUGGGCAAAAUAUAAAAACAAAAAAAGUGAAAUGUAAAGAAAAAUAAUAAUAAUUUCAUCAAUAUGACUUUAGUCAAUGUAAUUCAUUUUUAUAUGUCAGCUUAGCUUUUCAGAGUUAUUUUUCCUGAUGUGUGUUCUAAGUGUGGUGGUGUAAAUCCAAGCUGCUCCGCUGAUUCAUGUAUCUAUUGGAAAGCUGUAUUGCUUGGCAACUUUCCAACAUCUUUUCCAACAUCCUUUCAUGCCCUUCAGUUCCUCCCCCACCCCAUGCAAACAGAUCCUCUAUCCAUCUGACUGCUGUGUGUGUGUGUGUGUGUGUGUGUGUGUGUGUGUGUGUGUGUGUGUGUGUGUGUGUGUGUGUGUGUUUACUUAUUUGUAGUCUACCAGGCCCGAGCUAAGAUCUUAUAUUCUCAUCUUCAUAUCUACAUUCAUCCAGCCUUUCCUUCAUUUGUUGGACACUGUUCGCCUCCACCACCUCUUCCCGCAAGCUGUUCCAUGUGUUAAUACUUCUGUGUGGAAAACUAUACUUUUUUUAAGUCACUCAAAGUUCAGGUUCCUUUACUGGGUGUGUGUGUUGCUGCAGGACUUGCAUCCAUCAUCAAGACUUUGCUCUCCUGCCCUUGUGAUAAUUACGAUGGAGACUAAUUUAAUUUAUCUACAUUCAUUUCAUCUAUAACAAAAUGCAUAGCUCAUUAAAGUGCUCAUCCUUGUCAUGUGAAUUUGGGAAGAACAGUGAUGAAUUACAUGGCAUCUUCUGAUUUGUAUCCUGUGUCAAUAGUGUACAGUUGUAAGUUGCAAAGGUUUAAGAAGUAAGAAAUCAUGAGAAAAGUGCCAUUAUAGCCACAACAAUAAAUUUACAAGGAAUAA